AUGGCUAUCACCUCGAUCCAGCCGGUUCUACCGACUCGGUUCACGAUCAAUUCGACCGAGAAAGGUGCCAAAAAGCCUCCCCCGGAACCUUACCACGUGAAAGACCACCCAUUUAAAGGCUACCACCCCCCUCAGCCGGAAGGCUACGAAAAGAGCAAGAGUACUAGCGCCAUAGUUAUUGAUAAUGGCUCGAACCUGGUCAAAGCCGGUUGGUCGUUCGACAAAUCUCCUCGUUUCGUGCUUCCUCCUGUGAUGAGCCGGUAUCGCGACCGGAAGCUCAACAAAGCCUGCCAAUUCAUCGGAUACGAUUCCUAUGUAGAUGCGACUACGCGCGGUCAGCUGCGCUAUGCCUUCGACCCUGGCACGAGUGUGGUGGGUAACUGGGAUGUCAUGGAGGGGGUGUUGGACUAUCUGUUCAUCAAGCUGGGAGUCGAUGGUGCCAAUGGAGGGGUUGACAGGCCGAUUGUCAUGACUGAGCCGAUAGCCAACCUCGCUUAUCCCAGAAGGAUGAUGAACGAAAUCCUGUUUGAGUGCUAUUCCGCGCCAUCGGUCGCCUACGGAAUCGACUCCCUGUUCUCCUAUCGGUACAACCGCGGAAAGGACGGACUCAUCAUCUCGUCCUCCCACACAUCGACGCAUGUGAUUCCUGUGCUGAAUAACAAGGCUUUGCUAUCCAACUGCUCGCGGCUAAAUUGGGGUGGACUGCACGCAUCGGAAUACUUGCUGAAACUUAUGCGCCUGAAGUACCCGACGUUCCCUGCGAGGAUGACAGAAAGCCAGAUGGAAGACAUUGUGCAUAAGCAUUGCUACGUUUCCAAGGACUACGACCAAGAGCUGAGCCACUACCUAGACUGGACGGGGCUGGAGGAGCGAGACUGUAUCGUUCAGUACCCUUAUACCGAGCAUGUUGUGCCCGAAAAGACCGAGGAAGAACUCGCCCGGAUUGCUGAGAGGAAGAAGGAAAGUGGGCGUCGGUUGCAGGAGCAGGCCGCUAAGAUGCGGCUAGAAAAGUUGAUGAAGAAGGAGCAGGAAUUGGAGUACUACAAGGACCUACAAAACGGACUGGCCUCGGAGACGAAGAAGGAAGCCAGGCGCAUCCUCGAAGCGGAGGACCUGAAGGAUGAAGCCCAUCUAGAUCGACUGAUUCGGGAUCUUGAGCGGUCCAUCAAACGAUCCCGGAACCGGGACCUGGGGAUCGAAGAAACCGAAGAGCCCCAGGAAGAGAUGUCAUUCCCGUUAUUGGACGUCCCGGAUGAAGAACUGGAUGAAGCUGGUCUGAAGGAAAAGCGCCAUCAGCGACUGAUGAAGUCCAACGUUGAAGCUCGACAACGCGCGAAGGCAGAGAAAGAGCGUGAGAAGGCUCGCCGGGAAGAGGAGGAACGCCUCGACCGUGAGAAGCGCGAGAACGAUUUCGAGAAUUGGCUCGCUGAACGCAGAGCAAACCGUCAGAACAUCAUGCAGAAGAUCAAGGAACGUGACAGGAUGAAGGCGGAUCUCGGCAACCGCAAAUCAUUAGCCAGUCAGAUGCGCAUGAAGACACUCGCCAACCUCGCUGCGGAUGGGCCCAAGAAGCGGAGGCGUGGCGGGGACGAUGACACCUUUGGUGCCAACGACGAAGAUUGGGGUGUCUAUCGAACGGUGGCUACGGGUGAACAGAGUGAUGAGGAGGAAGAGGAGGAUCUUGGAGGCAUGCUUGAUACCGUUGAGAAGGAGCUACUCGAGUACGACCCCGAAUUCACAGAGAAUCACACGCUCGCCGCGCAAUCCGACUGGACGAAGAGCCUAGUGCACGUCUUCCUGCGGGGCCCCUGGCCCUUUGAUCCUGAGAGCCAACGUGAGGCUCAUCAGUUGCACCUGAACGUGGAGCGAAUCCGCGUUCCCGAGGUGGUGUUCAAGCCGUCAAUUGCGGGCGUUGACCAGGCCGGCCUGUUGGAGAUUGCUGCCGAUAUUGUGAACCAGCGAUUCCCGAACCCCGAGGAGCAAUCGAAACUGCUGCGGGAUGUGUUCCUCACGGGUGGCAACACCAUGUUCAAGAACUUUGACGAACGUCUCCGCAACGACUUCCGCGCGUACCUCCCCGUGGAUGCCCAACUCAACGUCCGACGUGCAAAUGACCCGGUUUUGGACGCAUGGAAGGGUGCUGCGCAGUGGGCAUCAGGGUCGGAGUUGGCCAAGUCCUCGAUCACUCGGCAGGAAUACUUGGAGAAGGGCAGCGAAUAUCUCAAGGAGCAUGAUAUGGGCAAUGCCACUACAUGGUAG